CGUUUCCUAUUUACCAAAAAAAAUUUUAAAAUGGAAAGUUAUUCAGAAAUCAACAAGCAACGCAUCAUUGAUCUUAACGCUAAGAUUAGAGAAAUGAUUCAAGAAACAACAGAAAUCUUGGUCAAAGAAGAAAAUGUCACCAAGGCAGAGGCUGAGGCCUCGAUUGGCUUUCAUUAUACGGCAACCUCUUUGAUUUUAGUCAAACGUAAAAGUCCUUACAAUAUUUUUACUGAAAGACUGGCUGCCGAAAAGAAAGCCGAUUCUUCCUCUGGCGACCAACCUCAAGGUAGUUUCCAGAGAGAGGCCUCUCAAUUGUACCAGGCACUUGGACCGGAAGACAAGGCUGAACUUGUGAAGAGUGCUCGGAUCGACUCCAAUUUGAGUGAGGACGAGAUGCAUUUGCGUCAUUCCCGGGCACUCAGGUCCUUCCGAGAUCACUUGACCGCUUACAAUACCAUUUGUGGUUCAAACUUCUUGCUGCUCUCUGUCCGAUUGAAGCCCACUACCUCGGAAGAUGGCUUCCCAACUCCCGUGUUGAACUUGUUUUCCGUUGGAGCGUACUGUAAUGGCCUGAAACAAGAUUUGGGCCAACAAAUCCAGGACAAUGUGAUGCAACGUCUGGGAGUUGCCCAAAGGGCCAGUAAAAAGGCGAGAGUCCACGACCAGAGCGACAAUCUUUUAAGAAAAGAAUACAGGGAAAGACUUUUGCAGAUGUACCAACAACAUCCUGGUACGGAAAAUGCAAAAGCCUUUCCCUACAAAAAGCUUUGUGAUGGAACUGCUGACUUGUUCAUGCGUGGUUGGCCCCGGGGCAUCCCUAUAAAGCACGCUUCAGAGCAAACAAUUAGCAACAUGAAGGCUGUCCUGAGGGCCGUAAAUGGAAACAAAAUUUCAUUUGUUCUUCCGGAGGAGAGAAUGGAAGAACCUCCAAACCCUGAUGCCGAGCAUUAAAGGUAAAUGUUUUUUUGUUUUGUUUUUUUUUGUUUUUU